GGGCAAUCCGUCGGCCGAAAGCCGCCGGUACGAUUGACGCCACCGCGGAGGAGCCCGAGCGGAACUGACGUCACAGACCUCUCGCUCCUUGGCAGCCUGGCUUGUCCCGCUGCAGUCCUAAUGGAGAACCGCGUCGAGUGAUCGAGGGAUCGAAGAAACUCGAUCCAUUCGGAUCGAGUUUCUUCGAUAGUUAUGCCGCGGUACUGCGCUGCACGAGACUGCUCAAACAGCGUAUGUUGCAGCAGCAGGCCUGCGCACAAGUUUCCGAGUGAGCCCACAUUGCGCAAGCUGUGGAUUCGCGCGGCCCGUCCUUCCCAGCCAACAUGGAAGCCCACCAAAGGCGAUUGUCUUUGCAUGGAACACUUCGAAGACGAGGACUACAAGACGAGCCCAAAGUUACUGCAGAGUCUGGGCUUGCCUGUAAAACAGGCCUAUUUGAAGCCUGGCAUGGUGCCAUCGCUCUUCACACGAAAAUGCAAGCGAGAGCGGCACAGCGGUGCUGUGGAAAAACGGCGACGCAAAGAGCUGGUAUGUUCCGAGCUUGAGCAGGAUGUGCAAACUCCGCGGCAUCUUGAGCAUGUGCUAUUCCUCAUUGUGGCGAAUAAGGAGAUGCUGCUGAAUUUCGGAAUAGGAUACCCACAGUAUGAGUGCCACGCCAUUUAG